AUGAUCGGAGACUUGUCGGACGGUGUCAUUGGAGCUGAUGAAAGUGACGAGGAUAUGUCCCAAGCAGAAGAGGAUGGGGAAGAAAAUAGUGAAGAGGUAUGUGUAAAGGGAACCCAAGAAUAGCUCGCUCGCUAAAGAAGCGUUCUUCCGCUUUAAUAAUUAUCCAACUGUAUUACUCCUCAGAGAAGGCCUUUUUAACUGCUGCUACAAUGAUUUGUGCUUGCUCUCUUUCAUUUUUAGAUCAAGCCUUGCCAUGUGUUCACGUUCACAUUUAUAACCAUUUAAUGUGUUCACGUUCACAUUUAUAACCAUUUAUUGGACAGAUCUCUCAAAGAAGGUCAAAUUUAAAUUGCGGGUGAAACAAACGCUAAGCAAUUUUAUAACGCUAUACUGUCGUGGAACUGAUAUUGUUCGUGGCUUUAAAACUACGCCGACACGUUGAGCGUUGCGUGACUCAACCGAGUAACCGGCUAGAACGCUGAGAGACUGAAAGUUCCCGUUUGGGCAUUCAGUGAAAAUUUGUUUUUUGAUUAGGAGGAAUCGGAAGAGAGUGAGAAGGAAGACAAGAAAGGCUCGAAGAGGGGAGCAAAGGAAGAUAAACAAGGGAAAACAGAAAAAGGUAAAGCGACAAAACCGAAGAGCAAGAAAGCUGAACAAGAACAAAAAGGCGAUGAAGAAGACAUGGAGGACGAAGACGAAGAGGAAGGGAGUGGAGACGAAGAUGACCCCUUUGACAACAAGGAGGGAGGGGACGAGUACAUUUUGCUCCUGCACUCUUACAAUAAUGACAGAGCUACGCAUAUGAUGGGGAAGAAAACCGUAAGUAUCGAAAGCUGUAUGAGAUAUAUCAUCCCAUACUCAUUUUCAACUAUUGGAUCAAAGGAUUCGGCUCAUUAUUGGAAUUAAAAAAUUGCGAAACCUUUUAUCGUCGAAAAGCACGGGAACAGUUAAGUGCAAAAAAUAAUCGCAGCGAAGUGAAUAAACGCCCACAGGACUUUGAGCCGCGGAAAACGUUCAGGGUCGUUAGGUGGACCUUCUUUUUUUUUUUCAGUGUUUUCCGGCCAAUAUCUCUUCGUUAGCCCCUCUCCUACACACAAAUAGAGAAAUAUAUUAUUCUCGCUAUUUUGUGACUUCGUAUUCCCCAUAAACGUGCCUCCAUUAUCACUACUAUUUUUUUGUUUUGGCAUCUAAUGUUAUUUUUGUUUCAGUCUUGCUCAACACUGAAGUUCCCCAUUCGUUACAAGGGCGCCUUGCGUCAGAUUUCAAGCAUGCGUGACGAGUUCAUCACAGUAAGCAGCCUAGAACUUCCCGAGAAGGAGCGACUGUCAAUGGUCAAGUCAUUAUGGAACGAAGGCUUGUUGGAAUUGGAGUAGGAGGGAGUUCUAAUUUAUAGUCGAGUCAGACCACCGUUGAGUUGGACACGCAUGCGUUGAGUUCAUUCAAAUAUUUUAAAACGAGAGGAUUUUCCAUGCUAACCAUAAGAAAUAGUUAUCGUUGUGUUCUGCGUGAUACACAUACUACUGUUGUCAAAACUGAG